AUGGCAGGCAUGGCUCCCGGCAAGACCUUGACGCCUGGGCUGGAAUUCAGUGAUCAGUCCUACGUCGACUGGGCCAAGAAGGCUGAUGCUGAUAUCGAGAGGGCUCACGCCAUCAUCAAGGAGAAGCUGCCCCUUCUCAGCCAGUUGCAUGGCGUCAUCUCCCUCACCUUUGGUGAUCGCCAGCCCGUCUUCCUCGAUGCUCGCUCGGGGGAGGCGAAACUGGUGGACUCGUUCUCUGGCGAGCCCACUACCACCCUGAAUAUGAAGGCUGAGUACAUCGCUCAAUUUUACGAGGGCAAGCUGGAGCCUCGUUAUGGCCUUUUCAAGGAUGCCUUUUUCCAUCCGGCGUCCAUGCCCAAGGGCAGCAUCCCUCUCGGUAUCAAGUUUGCCGACUUGCUCACGCCCAAUCCUCCCGUGCCACCAAAGAAGGUUGUGCCAGGGGCAUUCCCUCGCCUGCCAAAGCCUACGGAGGAUCUCGACCAAGUCAAGCGUGACAUCGAGGAGUUUGGAUACGCCCUGUUCAAGAAUGCCCUGACGCCUGAGCAGAACGCAAUCCUGAAGAAGGCUGUACAGGAGCAGGCUGCUGGUGAGAACAAGGCCGGAGUGGGACAGGAGGAUGGAGGCGGAUCCAACCAGCGCAUCUGGACCCUGAUCAACAAGGGCGAUGAGUUCAUUGAUUUCCUCAACCACCCGCUGAUCGAUGCCAUCAUCCCGUGGUUCCUUGGCGAGCACGCCCUGAUUCACAGUUACAGUGCCAACAUUACCCGUCCAGGAGGCACCUCUAUGCAGCUGCACACGGACCAGGUCGCCAUCCAGCCGCCUCUGCGCAACCUCGCUUUUGGAUUGAACAUCCUCUGGUUCCUUGAGGACUUCAACGAGGAGAACGGCGGUACUCGCAUCUUCCCUGCGUCCCACUUGGGUGCCAUCGCCCCUGAGGACAUCUUCAGCAUAGAGGGCACAAUCGCGGCCGAGGGCACAGCUGGAACAUGCCUCAUCACUGACAGCAGAGUGUGGCACGCCACGGGGCCCAACAAUGCCAAGUCGGGCGAGAGGCCUGCCAUUCUCAUGUUCUUCAUGAGGAGUUUCAUCCGCCAACAGGAGAACAACUUCCUGUCUCUGCGGAAGGACGUCGAGGCGAAGCUGUCCGACAGAGUCAAGAGAAUGCUUGGGUUCUGCACCACGGGAGCGCUGGGAGGAGUCGAGGGCGAGGUCCGAGAGGGUAUUUACGUCAAGAGGAAGGACGAUUGUGUUGGCAUCCUUCGCGCGGAGCAUGUCCCAAAGUAG